AUGUCAGAACAAUUAACUCACCCAUCAAUCAAGGAUGGUUGGUUUGCAGAAAUCUCGGAUACCAUGUGGCCAGGUCAAGCCAUGUCCUUGAAAGUUGACAAAGUUUUACAUGUUGAAAAGUCUAAAUACCAAGAUGUCUUGGUGUUCAAAUCUGAGACUUAUGGUAAUGUUUUGGUAUUGGACAAUUGCAUCCAAUGCACUGAGCGUGACGAGUUUUCUUAUCAAGAAAUGAUUGCUCAUUUGGCUUUGAACUCUCAUCCAAACCCAAAGAAGGCGUUGGUCAUUGGAGGUGGUGAUGGUGGUGUUUUGAGAGAGAUCUUGAAACACGAAAGUAUUGAAGAAGCUUGGUUGUGUGAUAUUGACGAAACCGUCAUUGAAGUUUCGAAAAAGUACUUGCCAGAAAUGUCCCAAUCCUACAAAGAUCCAAGAACAAAGGUUCAUAUUGGAGAUGGUUUUAAAUUCUUGGAAGAGUACAAGAACCAAUUCGAUGUAAUUAUCACAGACUCAUCUGAUCCUGAGGGACCAGCUGAAUCACUUUUCCAGAAGCCGUAUUUUCAAUUGUUGAAAGAUGCGUUGACCGAAAAGGGUGUCAUUACUACUCAAGCUGAAAAUAUUUGGAUCCACAUGGAUAUCAUUUCCAAGUUGAAGAAGGACUGUGCAGAAAUCUUUCCUGUUGCAGAAUAUGCCUACACUAUGAUCCCAACUUACCCAUCAGGAUCAAUUGGUUUCAUGGUAUGCUCAAAGGAUGCUAAUGCUAACGUUAGAAAGCCAGCCAGGUUCGAUUGGAGUGAUGAAUUUGUGGCAAAGAAUUUGAAAUAUUACAACAAGCAAAUUCACGAAGCCUCAUUCAUUUUACCAAACUGGGCUGACCAGAAGUUAAACAAGAGUAGCUAG